AUGCCUCCACCACAGCGACGUACAGCGCGCAGAGAGCUUGACCCCUGUAUGAGAGCUCGUAUAUGUGAGCUCCAUACAGAGGCGCACUGGGGUUAUAAACGGAUACACCGCGCGCACCCGGAAAUCCCUAUAUCAACUAUCCGGAAUACAAUCAAGAAGGAGCAAGAGCGUAUAAAUCAACGCUCAAUGCCUCGUACGGGGCCCCCGGAGAAGUUGACGGACGAGGAUAAGCAGAAGCUUAUUGAGUUGACGAUUCAGUAUCCUCAUAUUAAAUAUAUGGAGCUCCGGAAUGCGAUCGACAAUAAAGUUACUAUUCGCACUAUCCAGGGCAUGUUUCAAAAAAUCCAUAAGAGGAAAUGGAAGCAACGUAAGAGACCUGAGAUUCUUCCUCUUAAUGCGCAAAAGAGGUUAGCCUGGGCUCUAAGAUAUGAAGCUUAUACACCACGUGAAUGGCAGCGUAUUCUUUGGAGCGACGAGUGUACAGUUGAGCGCGGCAAAGGGGGUCAAUUGAUAUGGACGUGGCAUUCCUUGAGCGAGCAACUCAUGGAGCAUGACAUGUUUUGGGGAGGAUUCAAAUUUGAUGAACGGAGUCCACUAGUGCCAUUAACCCCAGAUGGCUCAUCAGCUGGCGGAGGUAUUACUGCAACUGUUAUAAAGCAACUUUAUAUGGAACAGCUUCCUGGAUUACUUCGUGAGGGUGAUAUUUUUAUGCAGGAUAAUGCGCCUGUACACCGAGCGCAUAUCAUACGGAAUCUGUUACGUGAAUUAGGGCUUGAUCUUAUGGAAUGGCCUCCAUAUUCGCCGGAUCUCAAUCCUAUCGAGAAUAUUUGGGCAAUAAUGAAAACAAUCAUUCAUAAUGAUCAUCCAGAACUACAAAAUGCUCCUGAUAACGAACAGACGUUAUUAGCAUUGAUACAAGCUGCAAAAGAAGCAUGGGGGUCAAUUGAAGCACGAGUAUUGAAGAAUUUAAGCAAUACCAUGCCAAAUCGUGUACGUGCGGUUAUAGAGGCGGAUGGGUGGUAUACAAAGUAUUAG